AUGACGGUACGAAGUAAGAACAACAAUCGUGGAACGACUGUAAAAACCUCCGUUGAAGAUUUUUCAUCGAGUAGCGUGCCGGAGCAAGCAUUGAAACGAAAAUUGGACGAACUUUAUUAUGAGGACCACAAGAACGAGAGAACACUUGCCUUUUCUCCAUCCUCUUCACUACGAAGGAGAGGAUCAUCCAACAACAAAAGCAUAACAACAAUAACAACGGCAAAUUAUAAAAACCUUCGACAAGAAUACACCAACAACAACAAACCGUCAACACCACAAGCAACCUCGCAUCAGCAGCACAACGAGGUGAUAGAGAUUCUUUCCUCCUCAUCACCAUCCUCAGAAGGUGCUGGACAGCAUCACUCCAUGUUCAUGAUGCAUCAUGGCAAUAGCAAUGACUCUUCAAGGCACCAAGCAUCUCCAAAUCAUGCUGGGGGAGUGUACACAAGCUCUUCUUCUUCCAGUGACGAAGCAAUAGUACAAACGACACCCAUACACAACAGAACGUUCAGAAGUAGUUUGACCACUAUAUCAGCAGCGUCGCCUCCAUCCACCAACCCAAAGUCAACCAGCCUUCACUCCUCUUCCCUUAAUAGCACCAAUGUUGACUCAAUCCACACCAAUAUUACUAAAUCCACUAUCACACCAAAUGAAUCAUACGAGACUCCACCAAGAAGAAGAAGACAUUCGUUGAACAAGAUGACAGCGAUGAAUUACCCAGUACUUCUCACAAAACUUUAUCUUCUCGAGUGA